UCCUGAGGCGGGACUCCUCCCUGUGAAUAAGAGGAAAGGCUUGGCCAAUUACCUUAGACAAAGCCGGACAGCUGCCGAGCCCAGCUGGGAGGAGUCUCCUCGGAGCCGAGCUGGUAUGGUCAGGGGCUUUUUACCACCGCCUUUUAUUCACACCGUUUUAUCCAGCAGAUUACCUGAGGUGGAGGUUGAGAAGGGGAUGUCGCUCUUUGCAGGGACCUCCUCCACUGGGAGGGCUUUAGGAUGAGAAGAAUUACAGUUGCCAGGUUUCUGCUUGAGGCUGAUGCUUUCUUACCCCGGUGCGCCACUCCUCGCCCCACACAGACCAGAACAUCAGGUUCAGCCCCCCGGAGUCUCAGGUGGCACCAGAGCGGCAUCCUGGGCUGAGGAUUUGGUGGAAAGAGAAGGGGUGGUCCUUCUGUCUGGACCCCUCACGGCUGACUCACAGGAAGUGCUAACCGAGCUUGGCACUGGGCGAAGCAGCUCCAGGAUUCUGCCCCUCCCUGCCGUGGGUCCGCCCGCCCUCUCCGACGUAGGCUUUGCAGUAUCUCCCGAUGAAACAAUGAAGUGGUUCCAAGUUUGCUAGGACUCCCUGGGAAAUUCUUUGGACUUCUGUGAUAGUCUUCAAAAUGUUUUGCCACCGACUUUUCCAAGAAGCUGUUUUUUAAAAAAACAAAAAACACUUCCCUUCGUGGAUUGCUUUGUCUGAAGAUUACUCAGGGUGACCAUGGUUCAACGCUUUAGCCUCAGGAGGCAGCUAUCCAAGAUCGAGCGGUUGGAAGUAAGCAGCCUCGCCCAGACUUCCAGUGCAGUAGCCUCCAGUACUGAUGGCAGCAUCCACACAGACUCUGUGGAUGGAACACCAGACCCUCAGCGCACAAAGGCUGCUAUUGCUCACCUGCAGCAGAAAAUCCUGAAGCUCACAGAACAGAUCAAGAUUGCACAAACAGCCCGGGAUGACAACGUUGCUGAGUAUUUGAAGCUUGCCAACAGUGCAGACAAGCAGCAGGCUGCUCGCAUCAAGCAGGUCUUUGAGAAGAAGAACCAGAAAUCUGCCCAAACCAUCCUCCAGCUACAGAAGAAGCUUGAGCACUACCACAGGAAGCUCCGAGAGGUGGAGCAGAAUGGGAUUCCCCGGCAGCCAAAGGAUGUCUUCAGGGACAUGCACCAGGGCCUGAAGGAUGUGGGAGCAAAGGUGACUGGCUUCAGUGAAGGUGUGGUGGACAGUGUCAAAGGUGGACUUUCUAGCUUCUCCCAGGCGACCCAUUCAGCAGCAGGGGCUGUAGUCUCAAAACCCAGAGAGAUUGCCUCACUAAUUCGGAAUAAAUUUGGUAGUGCAGACAAUAUCCCUAACCUGAAAGACUCUUUAGAGGAAGGGCAAGUGGAUGAUGGGGGGAAGGCUUUGGGGGUGAUUUCAAACUUUCAGUCAAGCCCAAAAUAUGGUAGUGAGGAAGAUUGUUCUAGUGCUACUUCAGGCUCAGUGGGAGCCAACAGCACUACUGGAGGCAUUGCUGUAGGAGCAUCCAGCUCCAAAACAAACACCCUGGACAUGCAGAGCUCAGGAUUUGAUGCACUACUACAUGAGAUCCAGGAGAUCCGGGAAACACAGGCCAGACUAGAGGAAUCCUUUGAGACCCUCAAGGAACAUUAUCAGAGAGACUAUUCAUUAAUAAUGCAGGCCUUACAGGAGGAACGAUAUAGAUGUGAACGAUUAGAAGAACAACUAAAUGACCUAACGGAACUCCAUCAGAAUGAAAUCUUAAACUUGAAGCAGGAAUUGGCCAGCAUGGAAGAGAAAAUUGCAUAUCAGUCCUAUGAACGGGCCCGGGACAUCCAGGAGGCCCUGGAGGCGUGCCAGACCCGCAUCUCCAAGAUGGAGCUGCAGCAGCAGCAGCAGCAGGUGGUUCAGCUGGAAGGGCUGGAGAAUGCCACUGCCCGGAACCUUCUGGGCAAACUCAUCAACAUCCUUCUGGCUGUCAUGGCGGUCCUUUUGGUCUUUGUCUCCACGGUAGCCAACUGCGUGGUUCCUCUCAUGAAGACUCGCAACAGGACGUUCAGCACUUUAUUCCUUGUGGUUUUCAUUGCCUUUCUCUGGAAGCACUGGGAUGCCCUCUUCAGCUAUGUGGAACGGUUCUUUUCCUCCCCCAGAUGAUGCUGGCACAAGAAGGCAGUGCUCCCCUACCCUCUGGCGAGUGCAUGCAGCGAAGAAUUAGACAGCAACUUACCUACUCUGAAGUUUUCUACGACAACAAAAGAGUUGAGUGAAUCUGUUUACAUUUAGAAUAAUGUUUUUUUCUUCAAGAGACGCAAUUGCAAUAGUAUUUUUUAGAUUUUAUCCAAGAAGUUUUUUGGGCAAAAAUCUUGGAUCAUUUUUAUGUAGCAUGAUUUUCCUUGGGAUGCAAAUCUUAAAACAGUCCUUUAAUAUGAACCAACAAUCUGGAGCACACUGAAGGGCAUUCUAAAUUGUGGCUUGAAGGACUGCACUAAAACCCACUAAAAAGAUGCAAAAACCUGAUUAGGGAAACCAGUUAAACCUAACACCCUGCCUCGUCUGGGCUCACCACCUCUCCCCCUCCCAGACUAACUUUACUGUGAAAUCCUACCACAUUCCAUGUCUGAAUUUUUGGAUUCAGGGUGGAUUGUCCUUGUCCGUGGAAGAACACAUGGAUCUCUCCCUGGCUUUCUCACCCAAGUUGGCCACUCAUGCUAACCCUGGAAGUAUGAUCACUUUUGAACCUGCUCCCUUAACCUUUGCUAGGAUACAAAAGUGAGAGCAUCAUGCCCCAAAGGAUCACUGCAAAGCCCUACCACAGUAUUUUGAAGUAGCCCUCUAAAUACUUAAUUUUAAGCAAAAUCCCUUGGCCGCACUUUUAAGGUUUUUUAAAAUAUGUGUAUAGUCACCAACUUAAAAAAACAAAAAAUCUGAACAGCAUACUUGAAGAAUGUAAUACUCAAACUCUCAGUGCUUCCUUAUGGUUUCUAAUAGGAUUUUUUAUUAUUGUUAUUAUUAUUAUUGGGUUUUUUUGGAAAGGGUUGGGAGGGUCUUUUAUUUUUCCUUUGAAAUAAAGAAGUGAUGUUUUUAAAUGAAGAAAUGUGUGGAUAUUUAAGUGUGCUGCUCCCUCUUGUCUUGAAACAGUUUGAGUAAAGGAAGACUUGCUAUAAAUGCUUCCCUCUGAUGCCCUUGUUUUGAGAUGCAGCUUAGACUUCCUCCUCUGGCUGCUGCUGCUUUUUGGUGUCCUGCCACCCCCACCCCACCACUUCCUGGGCUUGGCUUGGUUGAGAGGAAAGGGGUGUGCAGGGAGAGGAGGAGGCUGUUUCCACAAACCAGCAUGAUAGGAUAGAGAUCUUUUUGCCCCAAGAAAAUGUUCACCCAGGGACUUUGGGCUGGGGUUGUCUUUAGGAAAAAUUGAGACUAUAUUAUGAGAGUCAUACAUAAUUCCUUGUGUUUCCUUAAUUUAUUUUUAACACCCCCUGAUUACUGAAACCAAAGUGAUGUGGAAUCUUCUGUCUGCAUUUUGGCCCCAGCACCCUUAAUUUCAAAGCUUUAUUCUGUCUGCCUGAGAGAAUCAGCUGAAGGUGAUUCUCCCUAAAGAACAGAAAAGGAUCUGUCAGGUUAGAAGGACCCAAGUUUGGGGUGUAAAAUGUUGUCCACUUCCUAUUCAUCUAGACUGACUAACAACCAUGCGCAGUGGACUUUUAUAGACAGUUUAGAAAAAAACAACUGAGCCUUCUUCCCCAUGCUAUGACCAGUUCCACCAGGAUGGAACUGGGCUUUUAGAGCAUGUCUAGAAAGCUUGGUUAAUCUUUUCAUAUUCAUAGUAUUGAAUCACAAAUGCUGUUCCCUCUUGGCCUCAGUUCUGUGCAACCAAGUGAUGAGCAAGGGGCACAUAAUAUGUCCUGAAAAGAGUAGCAGAGCAUGCUUUGCCUAUUCUUCCCAUACCAGGAAAUUCUUUUGGAACUAGAUUAGCAUUGCCUUCUCUGCCUGAGAGGAUGGUUUACAUGACAGCUCCAGCUUCCUGUGGCUUUGGCAGGCUGGCCUUCUCAGAGUCAGCAUGUUGUUUCCAUAAUCAUUUUGAUAUUUUAACUCAGGUACCCCAAUCUUCACUCCAUCCCCAGAUGAUUGUAGUACAACCUGUUAGCUCUGUUGACCUCUCAAAAUUAGUACCCAGAGCAGGGACCACAAGGAUGAUUUUUCUGUUAAAAAAUAAUUGGAACCAAUUCAUGUUCAGGCCAAAACCAAAUUGUUCCCAUGCCUAUGUAUUUUAAAUGUUUACUUUGCCUAAAAAUAUCGCAGUGACUUUAGGCAGGAGUGCCAAAGGACACCAUGACCUUGUCAAACUAGCAUAGUUUCUCCUAACCUUCUGCUCUAGCUUAAUCACUCAGAGUAGGGAAGAGAGCCCCACAAAGUCAUCAAAAAGAGGCUCUAAGCCACCAUCCUCCAGUUUUUCUAAGAACCUUUGAGUCCCCUAAACUGUGUAGAGGCUACUAAGUUUUGUGGGCCCUAGAAGUCACUGUGAUAAAUGGAUUGAAAUUGUUCCCAUUUGCCAUGGGACAAUUUCUAUCAAAGGAAGGUUUUCGCCUCUGGACAGCCCCCGGAGCUCCCAGCCAAACAGGCCCGUGCUAACUGUCCACCAUCCUCUCUCAAACUGUCUUAGGAAGGAGCUUCAGGCUAGGUCAGUCACAGUAAUGGCUUUCUAGCUGUCUUGUCCCUUGAUUCUUCACCAGGCCCAACAGUUGUCUGCAUUUAAUGCUAUUUGUAACCAUGAGUCUGUUUUCAUGCCUUCCCCCACUUCCCGCUGCCUUCCCCACACCUGUCACCUUUGUGUUUCUUUGCAUUGUGGCUGUUCCUGGAUUCUGGUCUAUUGAAAGCUCUUCUAUAACCUCACUCUAAUGGUUGUUUAACAGUUGUUCUGUGAGUGGAAAUUUCCCCUUGCUUUAAUGCUUCUUCUCUUUUAAAGACUACGUACAUUCCCUUUGAAAUGAAGCAUUCCUGGAUUACUUGUUAGUGCUGGUGCUUGAGGCUGGCUGUGGUAGCCUGGGUGACUCUGUUCAGGUUGUAAAAUAACUAACAUUUUACCUUUUUUAUGAUUCAAUUGAAGGGCACUUCUGUCUGCUCCAAUUUCAAUUCCUUGGUAUAUACUCAGUGCAUCCUAGCAAGGAAGGCUUUCUACUCCACUGGCUCCUUAAGAAGCAAAAGUAGGUUAAAUUUUACACUUCCUUGACUGGGGUCUUCUUUCUCCCCUGUACCCCUGCCACCCAACUGAGGUAAAAAUCUGAUACCAAGGAAAACACUGGGAUCAAGCCUUCCUUGCUAGCCAUGCCCUAAUAAUGAGCAUAUUUUUAUGUGGUUUUCACUGCAUUUGGUUUUGUUUCUGACUUCAUAUUCCUUUGAGGUACAGCGAGAUGAAAUGCUGAAUUCCAAGUAAGUUCCAGUGAGGAGCUACCUUUCAGCUUUGGGAAAUAUGCUUCCAAAACAAAACCAAAUAUUGUAAUCAACAAAUUGACACAGGCAAAAUUAUGGUUCCCACCCCCAAAUGAAACUGGGGAUUUUGAAUGUGGCUCUAAGAGUUAACAUUUCUGUCUGUGUGUUGUGUAUGCUAGGUGAUACCCUCAGUAGGACUGACUACUAGACUGUAAGUGUGUUUUAUCAAAGUGUGUCAGCAUAAAAACUCACUUGCACGAAUUGAAAAGUACAGAAAUGACACUUGUGAACGCGUGAACGUUAACACUGUAGUUGAUAGAUCUUAAGCUGCUAAUUGUUGAGAGAGAAUUACAUUUAUGUUUUGUCUGGUUGCUGCAUAUUCUCAGCAGCACUUUUACUGUACAUACAAAUUGAAAUAAAGACCUCAGCUAUUAACGAGGUGGUUGGACUCGGGUUUAUUUUGCUCUUUAUUUUUGCAUAUUUAUUCAGUUUCCAUGACAAGUUUGUCAGUCUAAAAACCUUCCAAUAGCGUAUACAUUAGAAACUGUGCGUUUGUGUGCGCACACGCACACAUGCACGCAGUCAGUAUCUUGAAACCAUAACUGAUAGCUGGGUGACUGUCACUGUCUCCCAGGACUUUAUACCCAUCAUUUCAGAUUGUCACUUUGCCACAAUUCCUUUCAACUGGUAGGUUAGUCUGCCUUUUAGUUCUUUGGAGGGAGUUUUUUAGAGGUAUCCCCCCACCUCAGAUUCAUCUGAUGACCCCAAAUGGGUAUAAUAAUCCCUGUCCAUUCUUUUUUUUUAUUAUUGAAUUAUAGUUGACCCACAGUGUUACAUUAGUUUUAGGUACACAACAUAGUGAUUUGACAAGUGUAUACAUUAGGCUGUGCUCACAAGUGUAGCUACCAACUGUCACCAUACAAUGCUGUUAUAACACCAUUGAUUAUACUCUCUAAUCCCUGUCCAUUCUUAUAAGGCUUUGUUAAUAAACGUUAUGAUGGAUACAUAAAUACACUUUGUAAAACAUUUGACAUUUGAAGUUUUAUAUGUAUGUAAGGGGUUAUUAUGUAGCCAAAUCCCAUCUAUGGUUUUGUUAUAGGGGUAGUAAUUUUUUUUUAAAGUAAUGUCUUUGCCCAGUGUGGGGCUCGAACUCAAGACCCUGAGAUCAAAAGAGCACCUGCUCUACUGACUGAGCCAGCCUAGGGGUAGUAAUUUUUGAUAUGGUUUCUCCUUGAUGAUCUCUGGGAAGCCUCUGGAAAUCCAGAAGCUCUCAUCUUGCCUUUCUUUGGCAGGAUACGAAACAGGGACCUGAUAACUUGGCUCUUCAUAGCCACAAUUUGAAUGCCGAGAUAUUUGGGCCCACACUUCUGGCUUACUAGCUUUGCCUCCUACCCCAUCUGUAUUUAGAGAUAUCAUUCCCACCUUGAUCCUACCUAGUGGGUGUUGUGAAAAUAAAGAGAGCCUCUAUGAAAGCUUUUUAAGUUGCAGUGAGAAUGCCUUAAAUUUCUUGAAAUGUGGACCAGGCUGCCAUGUACAGAUGUGCAGGUUGUACAUUGCCCAACCCCAUAGUAGGCUACACCGUGAACAAUAUAUCCAAGUGUUGUGUAGUGCAUAAUGGGUACAAAGAACAGGCCUGAUUAUAAUAAUUAUAUAACGUAUAAUAAUCUCAAAGCCUGCUUUAUUUUCAUUCAUUAAGAACUUGGGAGAGUGGAAGGCUGGUAACAGAUCUGAGAAGCUAUUGUGAAAACAGGCUGGGGAGACAGGUAAGGGUAUUUCCAACCAGAAAAUGUAUGCCUCACCUAAAUGAUUCAAGUGUACUGCUUUUAAACUCUGUGGGCAAAGCUAAACCUAGCCAGCUUUGACCUCAAGUCUAGGUAGUGAAGAGUGGCUAACAUUUAUUGAGUACUUCUUGAAUGCCAGGCAUAAUGCUUAGUACUUGGCAUGAAGUUCUCACUUCUCCCCACAGUCUCACACAGGCAGUGUCUUCAUUGUCUAGGUAAGGAAACAACCCUGGGUUCAGUGGCUUGCCCAAAACUAUAUUGUUAGGAAAUGGUAAAUGAACGUGUUGGAAAAUAGGUCUGUGCCACAUAGAUAACAAAAGAUGAGUGUUUACAAUGUGUGAAUAUACGUUAAUAGGAACCAAGAAGAAAACAGCUCAGUAGAAAAGUAAGCAAAGAUUGUGAAGAAGUAGUUCACCAAAAAAGAAAUGAAUGGCCAAUAAGCAUUCAGAAGAAAAUGUUCAGCCUCAUGUGUAAAUCAGUAUGUUAAAUGAUAAAAUAAAAUGCCAGUUGUGGAAUAGUA